GAUGAGGCGGUCCUGGGUAUUAUGAAGCAGGAGAAGUACAUUUGAUUUCUUUUCAGUGCUGCAAGUACGGACUCCAGCUUCUCCUCCAGUCUAACCUCAGAGCUCCAGCAGCCAGACACUCGCCAUGGCUUCAAAGAAAAACACUAAAGUGCACGUCAAACCCAAAGAUGGCACUAAAGCCCAAUCAGGCAAUAAGAAUGGUAAGAAGGCCGACUCUGGGUCCAGCGGCAGCUUCUUCACCUGGUUCAUUGUUCUGGCCCUGCUGGGUGUCUGGACAUCUGUAGCCGUGGUCUACUUCGACCUGGUCGACUAUCAGGGAGUCCUUGACAAGGCUAAGGGCUUACAAAUUAACCUGUCUGAGGCCUUGCAAGGUAAACUGGUGGCAUACGAUACAGAUGGCGAUGGUGAUUUUGAUGUCGAGGAUGCUAAAGUUCUGCUAGGACUGAAAGAGAAGGCUGUGGUCGUCACUUCCCGUCGUGAUGGAGCUGCUGCUCCAGUGGAAACUCCAGAAGCUGUAUUUGAGCCCCUGCCUGUGGAAGAUGUGAUUGAAGCUGCUGUAGCAGAGGACAUUUCUGCACCACCUCCACCAGAGCCUGAGCCUGAGGUAGAAGAAGCUGAGCCUGAGGUAGAGGAAGCUGAGCCUGAGGUAGAGGAAGCUGAGCCUGAGGUAGAGGAAGCUGAGCCUGAGGUAGAGGAGACUCCUGAGGUGAUUGAGGAGGACCCAGAGGUGCUGGAGGAGGAGCCUCCUGCUGUGGAAGAGGAGGCCCCUGUUGAGGAGGCUGUUCCAGUUGAAGAGGACCAACACGAAGAGGAGGCAGCACCUGAAGAGGAAACGGCCACAGAGCAGGCUGUGGAGGAGGAGGCUGCUUACGAGGCUGCGGAGGAGGAGGCUGCUUACGAGGCUGCGGAGGAGGAGGCUGCUUACGAAGCUGCGGAGGAGGAGGCUGCCUACGAGGAUGUGGAGGAACUUGCAGCAGAGGUUGAGGCUGCAGUCGAGGAGGCAGAGGAAGAGGAGGAGGCUGCAGAUGAGCCUAUGGAAGAACCCGCUGCGGCAGAGGAGGAGGAGGAGGAGGCUGCUGCUGAAGACAUGGCAUUAGAUGUUGAGGAAGAGAGCGCUCCGGCAGAAGAAGCUGUUGAGGAGGCAGAAGAUGCUGUCGAGGACAUAGUCGAAGAAGAGGAAGCAGCUCCUUCAGAGGAGCCUGCUGAGGAGCCCGCUGUAGAAGAGGCAGCUCCAACAGAAGAAGCUGUUGAGGAUGUAGCCGAAGAAGAGGAGGCAGCUCCAACAGAAGAAGCUGUUGAGGAUGUAGCCGAAGAAGAGGAGGCAGCUCCAACAGAAGAAGCUGUUGAGGAUGUAGCCGAAGAAGAAGAGGAGGCAGCUCCAACAGAAGAAGCUGUUGAGGAUGUAGCCGAAGAAGAAGAGGAGGCAGCUCCAACAGAAGAAGCUGUUGAGGAUGUAGCCGAAGAAGAAGAGGAGGCAGCUCCAACAGAAGAAGCUGUUGAGGAUGUAGCCGAAGAAGAGGAGGCAGCUCCAACAGAAGAAGCUGUUGAGGAUGUAGCCGAAGAGUGGGAGGCAGCUCCUUCAGAAGAAUUUGUUGAGGAGCCAGCUGUAGAAGAGGAGACGACUCCAACAGAAGAAGCUGUAGAGGAUCCUGCUGAAGAGGAGGCCGCAGACACAGAGGCUGCUCCGGAAGAUGAUGUAGAGGAGCAGCAAACAGUACAAGAGACGGAAGAAGAAGUAGAACACGAAGUAGAGGAGGCAGCAGAAGAAGCAGCAGAGUUUGUGGAGACAGAAGAACAGAAUCAGGAUGAGCCCACAGAAACGUAAAGGCUGCCGCGGUCGUCGUGGUGACGGAGCAGGGACCCAAUGAGCUUGCAUCAGCACCAUCCUGAGCGUGCUCAGAGCGAUCAUGCACCGCUCCACCUCCACAGAAACAAUUUAGUUGUUACGGCAACACUCUUCCCCUAUCUGUCUCCCCCCCUCCCUCUGUUUUCACACCUUCCUUCAAAUGUUCCUUGGUGUAAAUGUGAGAUAAUGGAUGAAUUAUUUACUUUUAAGGUACUCCUGUUUUUACCCUUCUUGUUUUUUCCUUGAAUCCCAUUUCAUUUUUUCGUUUUUUUUUUCUUUGAGUAGAGCACCCAUUUUGUUCAGGGUGAUGUAGUUCUGUGUGACAGUGGCGCGAUGGUCAGGCCAUGUGAACUCUGUGUGCUCUACUUGCAGCUAAUUUACGUGAGUCUUAUCUGCAAGAGCUCUAACACUAAACCAGUCUGAAGCUUUAUUUUGAAGUCUUCUAGUUUGGCUUCCUGGAGCUCAAUUCUGUUGCUAAGCAAACUUGAGGCCAAAUUGCAUGGCUGAGCCAGGAGAUUUGGGUCUGUAGAGUGAGGUGACUUUGUUGGGUUACAGAUAGAUAGACUAAACUUAGCUGGCACAUCCAACAUGCUCCGAACCGAGCACUGCAGGCUGCCUCCCGACUGGACCUUUCCCUCCUGCUGAAAAAUCUGCUUGAUGGAGGCAAUACAAAAUAUUUCAAAUUUAGUAAUCACACUAAAAAACGUCACCUUCUGCCCCUCUAUCGCAGUACAAGUUCGGAAUUUAGAAGAACAUCUCCAUUCAGCUGUGUUUUAGUUCUGUUCACACAGUUCUGUAGUGAUCUCUCUGACCCUCCUCACCCAGCCAGUUUAUUCACCACUCAGUAUGAGCCGUAUGCUAGCAUGUGAAUCUAGAGAAAGCUUGUGUGUGUGCGUGUGUGUGAGCGUGUGUGUGAGCAUGUGUGUGGAUGAAUUCCUUAUGUGUUUCCCGUGAUGAGCGUGUUGUGUGUCAACCCUCUCAGUGAGCCCUAGAGUCAUGAUGUAGUUUUUGAGACUGUUGAACCUUUUUUCUUCUCCUUUGUUCUCUAGCUACCUUUACCUCUGUGUGUUUGUGUUCCGUCGAGUCUUAGCGGUUAAUUCUUUCCCGAUACGGUUACCAAGACCAUCUAACUAGCCUAUCAAACCAUUUGAAAAUGAAGUUGGAACUCUAAACUUCAGAUCUUUUGAGUUAAAACUGUGAUGUAAAUCAGGACAUCAUGGAUGGUGCAAAGCUGUCACACUGUGGUGUAAAGAUUGUUUUCUCAAAUACACCAGCUAUACAUGGAUCUGGCCCAGCAGGUGGAUUCAGACAGGAUAGGAACAAUGAAGGCUUUUAUCCCUGUGUGGGCCAGAUUCCACUUUCUUUUCUCUGGCUCACAAAGGGUUAAACGGAUCAGGCGUCAUAUUCCUGUGGAAGUCGGCCAUAGCUGACAUUCACCAGUUAAAUGAUCCGGCAUCUUUGUUUUUAGCAUCAAUGACGUGUUUUAUUUACUUAAAGGGAAAGUUGGCGACACCUUUCUUUAGUCACUCUUCCCUUUUCCUUUCGGGACAGAAUCUGAAUUUGUCUUGGUGUGUGUUUCGAUCACUGGUCCUCGGUAGCAGGGCCCCAGAGGCCCCAGAGGCCAAAGAGAACAACCUAAUCUUACACAUCAUUCCAUUGCAGAACUUAAAUUGUGGAAUUAAGAAAAGCCAAAUGAGAGCGUUAGGCAUCUUAUUUUGAAGAUGGCCCGAUCUGCAGGUAAACAUCCUCUGGUGUCCCUGUUGUAUCAGAAGAUCUUUUAGUUAAGGGACAAUGGGUGCAGCUCUGUGGAUAACACAUUCCUGUUGGGAUACUGACAAUAAACAAAAUGUAGAUCUGAUGUUUUAGGAUUAAUCACAACACUACUGUUAGUGGAAGAACAGAGACCAAGUAAAACAUACCUCUUUUUUAUUCUAUUAUUUGGUGUCACAGACCCACUUUGUGUUUUCGAGUCCUGACAUUUUGUGACUACCAGAUUGUUUUCAUGGUGUGCAGUAGAAGUUUUUGUAGGAUAUCUCGUCCACUAGCUGGUCUUUUCUACUUCCUGACACUUUGUAAGUCAAUGUGAACUGUAAAACAUUUUUAACAUUAAAGUCUUUACCAA